AUGGCUAGAAAAAUCUCUAAGCACAGCAGGGCCGCUCGAAGGGGAGAGGUACAGUUGGAAGGUGAAGCUAAGACCUUGGCUAACGUGCCCAAGGGAGAAGAUAACGACGUUCGUAAAUCCAUCAUCAGAACGACAAUUAAAAACGAAAACCUUUUAGCCAAAAAAAUGGAAAACGACGCUAUUCGUAAGAAAGCCAAUAAGAGGAAGACCAGUGCAUUGAAGAACAAGCUUGAUAGAAAUCAGAAGGUCGAGGGAGUGUUGGCCACGAAAAUCCAGCAAAGUAUAGAGAGGGCAAAGUACGUUCAGGGUGCUAGAAAGCUGGGAUGGGAUCAGAUCAACAAGAGCAUUCAGAUCAAGAAAGUUGAGGACCUAAAGAAGCAGCAGGAAGAGGAGCCCAAGCUGGAUGAGCAAAUGGAGUUAGAGGAAGAGGACGCUUAUGUGAGAGACUUCUACGCCGGGAUCAAGCCUGAAGGCAAGAAAGAAGAGCCGGAAUCGCUAAAAGCUUCCGAUCAGAACGCUUUCGCAUUGCUCGAGGAGACUGAGGCAUGA